CGUUGGCGCCAUUUGCACAUCAAAACAUGGCUUCUCUGCAGGACUCGCCGUCCUUCUCCUUCACGACGCCCGAGCAGCAGCGUCAGCGCUCGGUAGACGAUAUGGACGCCUCCAGCAGCAAGGACUGGCACUUCCGCGACGGUCCUAGCCCCAUCACCGCUCCUCGAUUUCAUGGAGAAGAGCAAGACGAGAACAAAGCCGAGGAACCGCAUGACCAGAACUGGACCUAUGCAAACUCGCAUUUUAGACGCCGUAACAGGCUGGAAACGCGGCUAGAAGAGCUGCAGAAGGACGUGGCCAGUCUCACACUCAAGCUGCGAGCCAAUGGCAGUCGGAACACGUCGCUAGAUGCGUCAAGUUUCCUCUAUACCCCCCGACAGGAAGAGGAGGAAGUUAAGAGUUAUAAGACGCCUAGAGCCGUAGAUAAACGACAGAAAAAUGUCAAGGAGCAGGUGACAGGGACUGGAGGCAAGAACAGCAUUGUCAAGACGUUAAGAGAGCUGCAUAACAUCACGACUGAGAGAGAUCAACUCAAAUUCGAGCUGGAAAGGACUAAAAGGUCUUUAUCCGUUGCAGAGAAGAAAAACCGGGAUGUGGAGAAGACCAAGAAGGCCUACGAGAAGCUUAAAGUCCACUGCGAUUCACUACAGGAAUCUCUGGACUUGUCCGAGAAGAUCAGAGUGAGACAGAAGAAACUACUGCAACAAUUGCAAUUACAACAGAAGAAGGAAAAAGAAACGGUGAAGCCUCGAACGGCUACAAAGGCACCUAAAGAGAAGACCCCGAUGAAGAGACCAGGUAGUGCAGGUAAACGUGGCGACACUCGAUCGACUACUGCAACGCCGACACAGGAUACGAAUACUGAAGGAUAUACGCACACUGGAUACGACAUUUUGGACUCGUUAGUCGCGUCCAGCUACCAAUUAGACGAGGAAGACGCGGGUCUUUCUCCUCAUGAACAAGCGCCGAGUGAACCGACCGCCGCAUCUCGAUCAAGGACGCCUCGCUCAGUGUUGAAACCCACAAGACCCACUGCCAGACAGUAUCGACCAGAUUUUGAUAGUCUCCUUCAAGUGGAUGCCCCUCACUUCAGCACCCGACGUCCUCGUCGUAUGACUACUACUCGAAGACCUAGUCAGACUCAGGUCCAGCAAAGGGAGGCCAUGCGGCAGGCAGCUAGAUGGGCGCGCAGCCGAGGAAGCGCAGUGGAUAUCUCUACUUCGACUACGCAACUGCCAGCUAGAAGAACCCCCACUGGUCGACCUAAGAACAGUUUUCUUGCCCCUACCCAAGCUAGUUUACGUAGACUCCAUGAUCUACCACGUCGGAGUGACCAAGAACGACCCCCAUUCGUCGUAUAACAAGCGCUGAAGAGUGGCUACUUCCUCUCCGAAUGUUUUCUCGGUUUUUGUCCGCGUGCACUGCCCUCACUAGCUUGAGUACGUUCCAGAUACGCUCGAGUAAUCAUGGAACGCGGCACAGUUUACACGGAGUGACAUACAGAACCUCAUCACCGGCAGCGACGUCCAUGUCAACACCUUUAAGAAGUCUAAGCUGGUCGAACUGAAAAGCUCGGGUUUACAGAUACACCGCGUGAAAAACUUCUUCACUGAAGAAGUAAGAGGCUUAUGAGCUGAAGAACGGCAAUUCGUAGUGAUAUCCACAUGACAACAGUAGUCAACAGGAACCGAGAGCUGAAAGUAAACAGAGGCAUCGUUUUUUAAGCCUAGAAAGAAAGAAAAUGUAUGAAGUGCUAGCUCCGAUCUUCUCCUAACUGCGUUCGAAUAACUACCAACACGUAAAACCAGUGCUUCAUC